AUGGCCAUGAGCAGGGAGGUGUGCGAAGAAUAUGCUAAAGAACUGGAAAAAUUAGCUUACAAGUUGCUGGGGCUCAUUGCCCUGAGUCUAGGCUUGCCACAGAACAGGUUUCAUGGAUUCUUUAAAGACCAAAUAAGUUUUGUUAGACUCAAUCACUAUCCACCUUGCCCAGUUCCUCAUUUAGCUCUUGGUAUUAGUCGACAUAAAGAUGCCGGUGCCUUGACCAUCCUUGCUCAGGAUGAUGUUGGAGGAUUAGAGGUGAAGCGAAAAACAGAUGGAAAGUGGCUUUGGGUCAAGCCAACUCCAAAUGCUUAUAUCAUCAAUGUUGGUGAUAUUAUUCAGGUUUGGAGCAAUGAGACUUAUGAGAGUGUUGAACAUAGAAUGAUAGUGAACUCUGAGAAGGAAAGAUUUUCCAUUCCUUUUUUCUUCAAUCCGGCACACUACACCAUUGUGAAGCCCUUGGAAGAGCUGACAAAUGAGCGAAAUCCUGCCAAAUACCGGUCAUAUAACUGGGGAAAAUUUUUUGUCACCAAAAAGAAAAGUAAUUUCAAGAAGCUUGAUGUGGAAAACAUCCAGAUUUUUCACUUCAGGGUACCAAAAUCAGAGCUAGAAUAG